AAGAACAACAAAGUUCCCGCCAAUUAAAAACCUCAAAUCCUCUUUAAAUGCUUUCAUUUUCGCUUCCAAUUCUUUACAGUACGUCUCAUCAAUGGCAGAAGAUGAAGUUGUCGAUCAGAUCCUACCCGAAUUUCCUACCGGAAGGGUUAAAAAAAUCAUGAAACUUGACAAGGACAUCAACAAGGUAAACUCGGAGGCCUUAUUCCUCAUUUCCUGUUCCACUAAUCUUUUCCUCCAACUCCUCGCCGAAAGAUCGGCUGAAGUCGCUGCCGAGAAGAAGAAAAAGACGGUGAAGCUUGAUCACCUCAGAACUGGCGUCAAAAGGCAUAGACCAACGAGCGAUUUCCUUCUCGACUCACUUCCCGUUCCAGCCGAAUCUACACAGCCCGUUGCUAAUUCAGUGAGUGAUCGAGAUCUUUCCCGGCCCGUUGCUGAUAAACCCGCCCCAGCUGGAACUCGCCGCAUAGAUAACUUCUUUCGCAAGCCAGAAAAUGAUGCUCCGGUUCAGAUAAAUGAUAUAUAGAUUUUCCUUUUCUAUUUAGCAAAAUCUAUAUUAAAUGCUAGUUUUCUUUUGACAAAUUUGAUUGCAAUCGAAUUUGAUU